AUGUCUAAACUUGUUGAAAAUCAAAUAAAAAUUAAUGAAACUUUAAAGAUUAUUUUAGAUUCAGAUGCAUAUAGAGACUCAAGUCUUAUUAAAUACAUGAAAUUUGCGCAACAUUUAGCUAUUAUUACAGAGAACAUAGAUGACGUUAUCAGUGAACUUAUUAGAAUAGAAAAUAGUUUAGCUUUUAUCCGUGCGUCAAGCGCGCACCACUCAAUGAUUAGUAUUAAAGUUUUAGAUAGUUAUGACUUGUAUAGAUUGUCCAUUGCUCCUAAUAAAUACCAGCAGGCCCUCAUCCCUCCUUAUCCUCUAAUAGCAACAAACAGGAAAGGUUACGUGUACAUGGAGGCAGAAUGCCCGAAGUACAAUCACUGGUACCUCUGCGGUGAGAAGAUGGACCACCAGAUACGACAGCAGCCAGACUGCACUCAAGAGCUCAUCAUUAACCAAGCCUUGGACAAGACCUGCCAGAUGACUACGAUAACACUCUCAAGAAUCUCCUUGGAAGAACUUGACGAGAAGCACUAUAUCAUAUCCUUCCCAAAUGCUACGAAGAUUCAUCUGCGAUGCGCACGAGAUGACUACACCAUCCUUAGUGGCACCUACUUAAUCACAAUAAUGAAACUACCAUACGAUAAGGAAGCUCACGCCAACUCUUCAUCCCACGUUUAUCUCAAAUCAAUUGACUUGACAAGAUUACAUGAAGCCCAGCAUCACCUAGUGACGCAACCAACUCUACAAAUUGAACAAGUACCAGCGAACUAUCUUUAUCAUACAACUAUACCACUGUACACUAUCAUACUAAUAAGUGUACUUGUAGUCUCAGGUGUCCUGAUACUAAGACACUUUGGGUUACUACAACGCCAGCCGAAGGUAAAGAACACCCCUACUCGAGAUGACAUCUACGCGAAGCCUGAAAAUCCUGGUUCGCAGAAGACAGCAAUAUUUCACCAUCUCAAAAUGCAGAAAUAG